AUGAAAGUUGAGGUUAGUUUUUGUAAACAAUUGUUAACACAAGAUUUAUUUCAUUGGAAGAAGGAGAAAAAAAACUUGCAUCGAAAGAAAAAGUGUUUCAAAUCAAAGCGGUCGAGAGCAAAAAAGAUGAGUCAAGGGAACGAGCAUCAGAACAAAGUGAUUGUAUUGUUUGAUGGCUACUCGGAAGUGAUUAACGACUCCAAAAUGCUUGCCAAUUGUACUUGUACACUGGUGAAAGGAAAAAAUACUUGCACAAUUGUUGAUACCAGAACCGCUUGGGAUGGCAAGCAAAUUGUUGAUGAAUUGCCAAAGCACGGCCUAAGCACCGAUGACAUCACACAUGUUGUAUGCACACACGGGCACAGCGAUCAUGUUGGCUGUAAUUACUUGUUUUUGAAUGCGAAAGAGCACAUUGUCGGCCGAGGGAUAUCAAACAAGAAUGAAUAUCGAUCGAUUGAAGACGAAACCAACUACCCCAUCGACGAUGGCAUUUACAUCACACCAACUCCCGGUCACACGCUCGACUCAAUAUCUCUGAUUGUUGAGAAUAGCGAUUUAUCAUCAAAACCGGUGGCGAUUUGUGGUGAUUUGUAUGAGAAGCGAGAGGAUUGCUUCCAUGAACUUAUUUGGGUUGGUGCUGGCAGCGAUUCAAUCGACAUUCAGAAGAAGAAUCGACUGCGAAUUGCUGAAAUGGCAGGAGUUAUUGUACCCGGGCAUGGGCCAAAGUUUGAAGUAACAGCAGAAAUUCUUGCCAAACUCAAAGAACAAUAAAAAAACAGCAUUGUCAUGUUACUUUUUUGUAUAUUUAAUUUGUAAUGGAAUCAUGAGAACGAUAUGAAUAAAACGAUAUCUGAUUUAAAAGUUCAAAUAAAUUCGACGUUU